UGUCUGCGAUCCAACCCCGGAGGGACACUGCCCCGUCGGGAUCGACAUCGUCGACAUCAUCGAUAUCAUCAAUAUUAAUCAACACCGCCGCAUCGAUAUCAUCGAUAUUAUAUACACCGCCGCAUCGAUAUCAUCGGCAGCGUGGGCGAUUCUCCAAGCAGCCAAUCCAGACAAGCGGCCCAGCCAAACGAUACAGACAUGCCCGUCUCGGCGUCGGCGCUGUUCAUCCUCGGCGCUCUGGUCCUCUCAUCGGUCCAGGCGCUCUCCGGCGAGACCUACCGCGAGCGGCUGUCGCUCUCGCAGCUUCCCGACGGCACCGUCCUUGGUGUCUUUGACUUUAACCGAUCCUUCUCGCCGGCUGUGCUGUCUGAGGCCCAAGCAAACCACUAUUCGCUGCUUCCCCGAGCAAUCGGCGAGAUCAUCCAGACAUUCGAGGUGGCCGAACUCCACCUGACGUUCACACAGGGCCGCUACAACUACCGGAAAUGGCCGAUGGAGCCCUACGCAGCGCCGUCGGGUGUCGAGCUGUGGGCCUGGUUCCGCACCGCCGACACCGACGCCCGCUGGAAAGGCUUGACCAAUGCCCUCUCGGGCCUCUUCUGUGCUUCGCUCAACUUUCUGGACGAGACCCUCACCACAAGCCCGCUGCAUUCUUACGAUCCGGAAGGGCAUCAUGCCAACGCCAGCCGUGCCGACCGACCACGAUCCGCACGACCAGGCAAUCUGGAACUGCGACACGGCAUCCUGUCGAACGAAAUCACCUGCACCGAGAACCUGACUCCGUGGGCCAAGCUCCUGCCUUGCCAGACGAAGUCCGGUAUUGCCAGCCUCCUCAAUGCGUACAAGAUAUACGACACCGAAUACCACUCCAUGUCAGUCCACGUCCAGCCUCAGUGCCAGGAUGCCGAGUGUCGAGAUUGGACCCUGGAGGUUUAUCAGAGGCUUGUUGUCGCUGUGGAUCCAAGACGCACAGUGAAGCAAAAGGAUUGGUCCAUGUACCUGCUCUUUGGCCGGGAGAUCCAAAACCAAUGUCCGCUUGCCACAGACUCGACCGUCUCUGUCCAAAAGAACACGCACUCGGAAUGGUUUGCAUCCUCUGGCCUUGCCCUUCCUUCCAGCGAGAGCAACAGCCUCGAAGUCAGCUUGAGCAGCAGGCAGCCGGGACAGAUCGUCAACCUCGGCAUCAAGACUCCUGGGGGAAAUCUUCCAUACUUCUCGGGACUAUUGCCGUCUGCCUCGCGGAUUCAAGCACACCGAUACUUGGUGGGGUUCGGCGCCAGUCAACCGGGAAUGGCCACACGGCUGACCAACAGCGAUGAGAAGCAGUCGUACCGGGUCGUCUUCUUCCAAACAAUCCCGUGGUACCUGAAGCUCUAUCUGCACACUCUCAAGGUCAAGACGAUCGUCGGUAGUGAGCAAGAGGGCAAGCAACAUCAAUCUACGAUUUACUACCAGCCAUCGAUCGACCGUGUCCGCCCAGGAAUCCUCGAGAUCGAAGUCACUCUGCCGCCCAAGACUGAGCUGCUGAUCACCGUCGCGUUUGAAUAUGCUCUUGUUCGAUACACCGAGCAUCCGCCAGACUCGGAACGGGGCUUCCAACUCAGCUCUGGGACUGUGAGCUACGUCCCUGCUCGAUGCGAAGGCGCUUGUCGCUGGAGUCGGAUCUACACCGAGCCUCUCCUCCUGGCCCUGCCCACGCCCGACUUUAGCAUGCCCUACAACGUCAUCACAUUCACCUGCACCGUGAUGGCGCUGUUCUUUGGCAGCAUGUUCAAUGCGCUCAUCCGAGACUUUUCGGCCGUCAAGCUGACAGAGAAAGAGCUGGCAGAGCUGAAGAACGGCAGCGACGGUCAGAGUCGCAAUUGGCUCAAGCGCCUGCUUUGGCGUUAGGCUGCGGGCUCGACCAAGGCAUCUUCGAUGCAAUAAAGACCAACAACCUUAGCAAUCAACACACAGGCAACCACAGAUCGAACAAUGCUGCAAUAACAACGCACACGUCGUGCGUGCCGGUCGG